AACAGCAGGAUGCGUAGGAUAAUCUAAACAAAGAAAUAGAAGCAAGUGUGAGGUAGAAGAGAAUUGUGAGAGCUCAAGUUACUCUAAAAAUGGCGACUAUGCCUUCCAUUUCUUCAUCUUUACUUCCUACCAAACCUCUAACAUUUAACCCUCAAAACCGCCAAGUUUCGCUCUACAAGAAUUCUGCUCAACGUACCAGAAUAAUCCCCACCAAGCCAUUUGUUCGAGCUGCCAAGCUUCCUCCUGGGGUGGAACUGCCAAAAGUGCAGCCCAAAUUUGAAGCACCAUUUCUUGGAUUUACAAAGACUGCUGAAGUAUGGAAUUCCAGGGCUUGUAUGAUUGGCCUCAUCGGGACUUUCAUUGUAGAGCUGAUAUUGAACAAAGGGAUACUGCAAUUGAUUGGAGUGGAAAUAGGGAAAGGCCUUGAUCUUCCUCUCUGAAACAUUAACCCUGCUUAUGUAUAUCUCUUUGUUUAUUUGUGACAGCAACACUUUUACUUCAUUCAAAUUCAAAUAUUUCUGAAAUUUUUGUUUAAAA